AAAAGGAUGGGAGAGAGAUAGAGAACCCCAGCAGCAUCAACCACAAAGGUUGGCAAAUUUUCAUGGAAGUACUGUAGGGCAUCUUAGAAUUCCCCUACUGAAACCCACAAAUUCUGACUCCGCCUUUUACCCAAUAAUUUUUUCUGGGUUUCUCACCUUAAAUACUACAAUUUGACUGCCAACGUGUUCAAUCAUAUACACUAUUAUACUGUAAAAAUCAAAUCUUUUUUUUUUCGAAUGGUAUUGGUAGGUACGCAUUAGCAGCUUCAUGGUUCAUAUAAUACCAGUAGUGUGUUGUGUAAAAUUGUACUAGUUCUCUGUUCAGACUUCUGGCCAACCAUCUUAUUCAUAUACACUUCUAUUUUUAGACAUCGAAUCAAAUCAUAUCAUAUCACUCUGGCGUUGUCCUGUGGCCAGAUUUUUCAAUGCACAUCUUUAUCUAAUCCUUACUUAUGUGGACUUCUAAUUAUUAUGGAGUUCCUGCAUUUUUAGUUGGGCUCCAACUCUGAGGAUAACUAACUACUACAGUACCAUGCUCUGGAUAUUUUCUUGAUUUUUUUUUGUUUUGAAAGGGGAGGGGGGCUACCACCAGUUCUUCAAUGUCCACAUUGUUUGGUUUCAUUCAAUUCUUGCAUAAUAUCUCUCAACUACUUGUGAGUUUUUCUUGGUACUUCGAAAGUUCAAUUUUUUUUUUUAUUUUUUAUUGAAGAUUCUUUACUUGUUCUAAUUUACUUUACUGUUUCUUUUCUGGGUUUUUUUCCUUUUUUUCUUUUUUUCUUUUGGGGGAUAUGCAUCUGUGUUGAUUCUUUGAACAAUGAAGUGAUGGACCAGGAUGGUUGAAUUCUCUCUGAAAAUUCUCUGAAUUUUGGUUCUGAUUUUGGGUGAGAAGUGUUCCUGGCAUAAAAGGAAGUUCGAAACCAGGCAUUUUGGUAAACACAAAGGGUACAAAUGACGACGAUGGCCAGAGAUGAUCUGGCCAGGUCCAUAAGCAGAAGUUCUGCGAGUAGGAGAUUGAGCAUUUCAAUUAGUUCCAGAAGUUGGGCUUCAGCUAGUGUAAGGGAAGGAUUUGGUGGGCCUGGAGGAGAUGUUUUCCAGAGGAGUAGGAGGGAAGAUGAUGAAGAGGAGCUCAAGUGGGCUGCAAUUGAGAGACUUCCCACGUAUGAUCGAUUAAGAAAAGGAAUUCUGAAGCAAGUGUUAGAUGAUGGCAGAGUCGUCCAAGAACAGGUCGAUGUUGCCAAACUUGGAAUGCAAGAUAAAAAGCAACUCAUGGAAAGUAUCCUCAAAGUUGUGGAAGAAGACAAUGAGAAAUUUCUUCGGCGACUGAGAGACAGGACGGAUCGGGUGGGAAUAGAUAUUCCAAAAAUUGAAGUUCGGUAUGAGCAUUUGUCGAUUGAAGGGGAUGCAUAUGUAGGAUCCCGAGCGCUUCCUACACUGCUAAAUGCUUCUAUAAACACAAUAGAGGGUAUUCUGGGAAAACUGAGGAUUUUCCCUUCAAAGAAACGAGUUGUGAAGAUACUCCAUGAUGUUAGUGGAGUGGUAAAGCCAUCAAGGAUGACACUACUUCUUGGACCUCCAGGAGCUGGGAAAACGAUUUUGCUAAAGGCACUUGCUGGAGCUCUAGAAAAGGAUUUAAGGGUCAAUGGAAAAAUCACUUACUGUGGUCAUGAAUUGUAUGAGUUUAUUCCUCAAAGGACUUGUGCAUAUAUUAGCCAGCAUGAUCUCCACCAUGGGGAGCUGACUGUCAGAGAGACGUUGGAUUUCGCAGGGCGUUGCUUAGGAGUUGGAACUAGAUAUGACCUUCUAGCAGAACUGUCCAGAAGAGAAAAAGAUGCUGGAAUAAAGCCUGACCCUGAGAUAGAUGCGUUCAUGAAAGCAACAGCAGUAGCCGGCCAAGAAUCUAGUCUAGUCACAGAUUAUGUUCUUAAGAUACUUGGGUUAGAUAUUUGUGCUGAUAUAAUGGUGGGAAACGAGAUGAUGAGGGGUAUCUCAGGUGGACAGAAGAAACGUCUUACAACUGGAGAAAUGUUGGUUGGCCCUGCCAAAGUUUUCUUCAUGGAUGAGAUCUCCACUGGGCUUGACAGUUCCACCACAUUUCAGAUUAUCAAGUUCAUGAGGCAGAUGGUUCACAUUAUGGAUGUGACCAUGAUAAUCUCACUUCUUCAACCUGCUCCAGAAACUUACGAUCUCUUUGAUGAUAUUAUUUUGCUUUCGGAAGGUCAAAUAGUCUACCAAGGUCCACGUGAGCAAGUUCUGGAGUUCUUUGAAAGUGUUGGCUUUAGGUGUCCUGAUAGGAAAGGAGUUGCUGACUUUUUGCAAGAGGUUACCUCCGUGAAGGACCAAGAGCAAUACUGGUUCCGGAAAGAUGAACCUUACCAUUUUGUGUCGGUGCCUGAAUUUGUGGAUCGCUUUAGUUCUUUCCAUGUUGGACAGAAUCUGUUUGAUGAACUUGCCGCUCCUUACAACAAAAGAAGAACUCAUCCUGCUGCAUUAGUCACUGAAAAGUAUGGCAUCUCAAAUAUGGAACUCUUUAAGGCUUGUUUAUCGAGGGAAUGGUUACUGAUGAAACGCAACUCUUUCUUGUACAUAUUCAAGACAACUCAAAUCACUAUCAUGUCUAUUAUUGCUUUUACGGUAUUUUUUAGAACAGAAAUGAAGGUUGGUCGGUUACAAGAUGGAGGCAAAUUUUACGGAGCACUGUUUUUCAGCCUGAUCAAUGUGAUGUUUAAUGGUACAGCAGAGCUUGCUCUUACCAUUUUCAGGCUUCCUGUGUUCUUUAAACAGAGAGAUUCUCUUUUCUAUCCUGCUUGGGCUUUUGCUCUUCCAAUUUGGCUCCUCAGGAUACCCCUCUCGCUAAUGGAAUCAUUGAUAUGGAUUAUUCUUACUUAUUACACCAUAGGCUUUGCUCCUGCAGCUAGCAGGUUCUUCCGCCAAUUGUUGGCAUUUUUCGCAUUGCAUCAGAUGGCAUUGUCUCUCUUCCGUUUUAUCGCAGCUCUUGGAAGAGUCCAAGUUGUUGCUAAUACUCUUGGUACUUUUGCAUUACUUUUGGUGUUUGUUCUCGGUGGAUUCAUUAUCGCUAAAGAUGACAUCAAACCAUGGAUGAUAUGGGGCUUCUAUGUUUCUCCUAUGAUGUAUGGACAGAAUGCUAUAGUCAUCAAUGAGUUUCUUGACAAAAGAUGGAGUGCUCCCAACAUUGACCCAAGGUUCUCUCAACCCACCGUUGGGAAGGUUCUUCUUAAGACUAGGGGCAUGUUUGUGGAUGACUACAUGUAUUGGGUUUGCAUCGUUGCACUAUUUGGCUUCUCACUUCUCUUCAACGUUCUAUUCAUUCUGGCCUUAACAUAUUUAAAUCCUUUUGGCGAUUCUAAAACUAUUCUUGUUGAUGAGGAGGAUAAACGAGGGAAAAAGAAGCAGCCCUCUAACACAAUUAUUCCUACAGAGAGAAGCUCAACAUCUACGGGUCCAAUGUUUGAAGGGAUAGAUAUGGCUGUACGAAAUUCAAGUGAUAAGAGCAACUCAAGCGGAAUAGGGAAGAGAGGAAUGGUGCUACCAUUCCAGCCACUGUCACUUGCAUUCGAUCAUGUCAAUUAUUAUGUUGAUAUGCCAGCUGAAAUGAAAAAGCAAGGAGUUGACGAGACUCGCCUUCAGUUGUUGCGUGAUGUUAGUGGGGCUUUUAGGCCUGGUGUUUUAACAGCAUUAGUGGGUGUCAGUGGUGCUGGGAAAACUACAUUGAUGGAUGUUUUGGCAGGAAGAAAGACUGGCGGGUACAUAGAAGGAAGUAUUAGCAUUUCUGGGUACCCCAAGAACCAAUCAACUUUUGCUCGUGUUAGUGGCUACUGUGAACAGAAUGAUAUACAUUCUCCUCAUGUUACAGUUUAUGAGUCCCUCGUAUACUCAGCUUGGUUACGUCUUUCUCCAGAUAUAGAUAAGAGGACACGAAAGAUGUUUGUUGAUGAAGUAAUGGACUUGAUUGAGUUGAAUCCUUUGAGAGAUCUCUUAGUCGGGCUUCCUGGAGUAGAUGGCCUUUCAACUGAACAGAGAAAGCGGCUCACAAUAGCUGUGGAACUGGUGGCAAAUCCAUCCAUAAUAUUUAUGGAUGAGCCCACAUCUGGCCUGGAUGCUAGGGCUGCUGCAAUAGUGAUGCGCACUGUAAGAAACACCGUUGACACAGGGCGAACUGUUGUAUGCACAAUUCACCAACCAAGUAUAGAUAUCUUUGAAGCAUUUGAUGAGCUAUUGUUGAUGAAGAGAGGCGGCCAAGUCAUCUAUGCUGGACCCCUUGGUCAUCAUUCCAAACUCAUGGUUGAAUACUUUGAAGCUAUUCCUGGGGUUCCUAAAAUUAGAGAUGGUUAUAAUCCUGCGACAUGGAUGCUGGAUGUCAGUACUCCUGCAGUUGAGGCUCAGCUUGAUGUGGACUUUGCAGAAAUUUAUGCAAAUUCUGAUCUUUACCGGAGGAAUCAAGAACUUAUCAAUCAACUAAGUACUCCGCCAGCAGGGUCCAAGGAUCUCUAUUUUCCUACUAAAUAUUCUCAGUCGUUUUUCACCCAGUGUCAGGCUUGUUUCUGGAAACAAAACCUAUCCUACUGGAGGAAUCCAAAGUACAAUGCCAUAAGAUUUUUCAUGACAGUCUUAAUAGGCAUCAUAUUUGGAGUUAUUUUCUGGAAAAAAGGGAACAAAAUGUCUAAACAACAAGACUUGACAAAUCUUCUCGGAGCUAUGUAUGCAGCCGUUAUGUUUCUCGGUGGAACAAGCACUUCAGCUGUGCAGUCUGUGGUGGCAGUAGAAAGAACAGUGUUUUAUCGUGAAAAAGCAGCAGGAAUGUAUUCAGCAUUGCCUUACGCAUUUGCUCAGGUGGCUAUUGAGACCAUUUACAUUGGGAUCCAGACUUUGGUUUACAGUCUUCUCCUUUACUCAAUGAUUGGGUUCCACUGGAGGGUUGAUAAAUUCUUUUGGUUCUACUACUUCGUUUUUAUGUGCUUCACCUACUUCGUGAUGUACGGGAUGAUGCUUGUUUCUCUGACUCCAAAUUACCAGAUUGCUGCCAUAUCUAUGUCUUUCUUCCUCAAUUUCUGGAACUUGUUCUCUGGUUUCAUGAUUCCUCGAACGGUAAGCAGGAUUAAAGAAAUUAUUCUGCAGAACAGAAAGUAUUUUUAUCCAAGAAUAUCUAUGAUGAUUCAACGUAAAGUUUCAAUUUUGAAAUAAACUUUCACAGUAUCAGUUUCUUCUAUAUGUGGGUGCCCUGAUUUUCUUCCUUUUCUGACUAGUAAUGGCUAGUUGUGAUGAUUGCAAACAUAAUAUAUAUUGCUUGUAAUAGGCUAUUCUGUUGAAGUUUUAUACAAAACCUGACCGCUGUAUAUCUGAUGAAAUGCUUGCAGCAAAUCCCGAUAUGGUGGCGAUGGUAUUACUGGGCAUCUCCAGUUGCAUGGACAAUAUACGGCCUUGUGACUUCUCAAGUAGGUGACAAAGAUGAUCCAGUUGAAAUACCCGGCUCUGGGGAGAUAGCGAUAAAGGAGUACUUAAAACAAUACUUGGGAUUCAAGUAUGAUUUCCUAGGAGCAGUUGCUGCUGCCCAUGUUGGUUGGGUAGUCCUCUUUGCUGUCGUGUUUGCUUAUGGCAUCAAGUUCCUCAACUUCCAGAGAAGAUAAGGGAAUUUCUGAAAUCUGAAUUCUUUAUCGGUAGAUACAAAUUAUUGUACAUAACAUAAACACAGAGGAAGAGCUGUUACUUUGUAUUCAUUAUAGUCUUCAUUAAUACCACAGUUUUGAAAUUAGCUGAGGGAACACUACAUGUUUUGCUGAAUCCUGAUUGUAGUUUUUGUUAUUAAUGCAUUGGUUCUUUUUUGAUAGUGAUAUUGAUG